CUCGUCCCUCCAUCAGUCGCGCUCGGCUCGCGGUUGUGUUAGCACGUUUCUAACGUGCUUUUUGCCACCCGGUUCGCACACGCAGCCCCAACACGCCGUCACCGACGCAGUGUCCACAGUCACCCCGCGGCAUGUGCACCUGACACCGGUCUCAAUAUCGUCUACAUCACGAUCCUCGCAUCAAGCACAAAAUGAUUCCACGGCGAAAGCACAAUGCAUCCUCCGGAUCCUUGCCACCCCCUGACGACAAGCACGCCAGCAACGAUUACAUCCUUUCGGAUGGCGGCGCACGAGACGGAUGGCGCGCAGCGCUAAGGCGGCGUUUUAAUCGCAAAACUCUUCACAAACGAAUCCCCAUCACCGCUUGGCUGCCACAGUAUAACGCGGAAAAAGCUAUCGGAGACGUGAUCGCCGGUAUCACAGUGGGACUGACGGUGAUACCCCAAUCGCUCGCGUAUUCAAACAUCGCAGGCUUACCGCCGCAGUAUGGGCUUUACGGCUCCUUCUUCGGUUGCUUCAUCUACAUUCUCCUGGGCGGCUGCCGCGCCGUGCCCGCCGGCCCGACCGCCAUCGCGUCACUGCUCACAUGGCAGGUGGCAGGCGGCGUGGUCGAGAAGGCGAUCUUACUCAAUUUCCUCACCGGACUCGUUGAGCUGCUGAUGGGCGUUCUAGGACUUGGAUUUCUUAUCAAUUUCGUGUCGGGACCCGUCUCAUCCGGAUUCACCUCGGCCGUGGCCCUGAUGAUUGCCACUUCCCAAGUGAAGGACAUGUUCGCAAUAUCAGUAACUGGCACGACUUUCCUGCAGCAAUGGAUUUCUAUAUUCCGAAACAUUCACAAUGCGUCUCUGUGGGAUCCUGUGCUUGGUUUUGUGUGUAUCGCACUCUUGCUGUCUAUGAGGAAAAUUGGAAUGAUUAAACUCGGUGAAAAAUCGACUGAAGGCCCGAGCACACGACAGAAAGUUUUAACGAAGUGUAUGUGGCUCCUGGGAACUUGUCGUAAUGCCAUCGUCGUGGUCGUCACCGGCGUGCUCGGCUUCUGGUUCGUCGCCACACACGGGACAUCGCCCGUGCGGCUCAUGGGAGCUAUUCCUUCGGGAGUGCCGAUACCGCAGCUGCCGCCAUUCGGAUACGUCCGUGCUGACAACUCCACCGCAGAUUUCCUAGACAUGGUGUCAGAGCUAGGCUCGGGUCUUCUCGUGAUUCCACUCAUCGUACUACUCGAGGACAUCGCCAUCUGCAAAGCGUUCUCUGACGGCCGUACCAUCGACGCUACGCAGGAGAUGAUCGCGUUGGGAGUCGCCAACGUCGGCAACUCCUUCAUGCAGGCCUACCCCGGCGGCGGCUCGCUGGCGCGGUCUGUGGUGUCCAAUGGCUCUGGUGUCAAAACCACUUUUAGUGGACUCUAUACAGGAGUCAUGGUCAUCUUAGCACUCCAGUUUUUCACACAGUAUUUCGAGUUCAUCCCGAAAGCUGCACUCGCGGCUGUAAUAAUUUCGGCUAUAUUAUUUAUGGUUGAAUAUGACGUAAUUAAACCGAUGUGGCGGGCGAAGAAACUGGACUUGAUCCCGGGAGUUGGAACCUUCGUGCUGUGUCUUACCCUACCUAUUGAGUUAGGCAUUCUCACUGGUGUUGUCGUCAAUAUAAUAUUCAUUCUGUACCAUGCAGCACGACCGAAGUUUUCCGUGGAAAUGCUUAAAACGGAACAGGGCGUGGAAUACCUGAUGAUCACCCCGGACCGCUGUCUGAUGUUCCCGUCCGUAGACUACGUGCGGCGGCUAGUCACUAAGUGCGCGACCAGCAGUUCCGUGCCCGUAGUCAUCGAGUGCACGCACAUCUACAGCGCUGACUACACGGCCGCCAAGAGCAUCGAGCAGCUGACUGCAGACUUCCACGCGCGUCAGCAACCGCUGUACUUCUACAACGUGAAGCCGUCCGUGUGCUCCAUCUUCGAGGCGGUGGCCAAGCCAGAGCACUUCGUAGUCUUCUACGAGGACGACGAGCUGGACCGGCUUCUGGCCGCCGACGAGCGCCUGGCACCUCGCAAGCCGCCGCCGCCGCUGCACGCAUGACCGCCACCAUAGACGAUUUGACGGAAAGUGUGAUAUUUUCGUAUGGAGAUAGUUCGUUAAUCCUCACCCGACGACCCCCUGCGGUGAUCAUUCAGUCUCGAUUCGAUCGUUCCUCUGGGCGUCGACGUAGAAUCCUUCUUUCGCAGUAAAGAUAUCCUUGCGUAUAUAUUUUAGUAAAGAUUUAGCGUUUCGGGGAGGCCUUUGCCUGUGCUGUGAUCGAGGGCGAGUGCCCGCACUCUUCAGUAUUAGGGCGUGAUCGAGGAAGCUUUAGUCGACUAUUGUCUACUUAUGUUUCACAUAGAGUUAUUUUUGUAUAAACUAUAUUAGUUUCAGAGCGGACCCUAUGAGUCCCUAUGUAUCGUUGUGAUUUAGAAAUAAAGGUUAGAUUUUAUGGUGAAUAAUGCACGCAGACAGAUUAUAAAAUAUUUUAUCAUUAAAAUUUGUUGUUGAUGUUAAAAAUAUCUAAUAUGACUACUGUAAAAGUUGCAAAAGUGAUAGUAGUAGAUUCUUAAAGGUCAUUUUAUUUAUUUUUAGGUAAAUGAGUACAAGUUAGAUUGUAAAACCAUACUAUAAGCUUAUAAGUGUAUAAAUACGCGUUGCGAGUCGUGCGCCCCUCGUGUGCGUGCUUGUGCGUGAUCGUGCGCGCACGCGUGCGCAUUGCGGAUGAGAACGGGUGGUGUACGGCUCUAAAUCCCUUUUCUUGUGAUCUACGAAUACAGUACCUAUUCAAAAUAUUUUUAUGUAUUAAUAAAUAAAUAGAGACUAUUUUAAAUAAAAAUACUAAAGUGAUUAACUAUAAAAUAUAAAAAUAAGAAUACGGUGCGUUUAAAUGAAUUACAAAUAUGUCCCAGUUCCAAGAACGAAAUAAUUACACUCUUAAAGAGUUUAAAAGAAA